CAGACACACACAGUGUGAGCCGAAAGCGCUUUCUGUCUUUCAUUCAUCCCGGUGAAGGCUGCUCACACUUUCUUCUCCCCCCCUCUCCCCCCCUCUUCCCUCCCUCACGCUGGGAUAGCUUACUUUGUUUUUGUUUUCCCUCCGCGGUGCCUUUUGGUCGGAGUAUAGUAGUGGAUGAUAUCAACAGAGCUACGUUUCUUCUUACCUCCGCGAUACUACGGACCAAAGAGGAGUCGCUAGAGGACACGCGCAUCACGACAGAGAGCAGCGCGAGGGAGUUUUCUUUCUUUUUUUGGAGGGUACGGCUCGUUUUAAAACAAGAAAUAAACAAAAUAUCGCACAGAAGAGCAGCGGUACCGCGGACGCUCCACAUGACAAGGCUCGCGUUAAGUUUUGACGGAUUUUACGGCACAGGUGUUAAAGGAUUAAACACAGGCAUUUGGCGGAUGGUUGUCGGUUUCGUGAAGAGGAGUCGCUGCCUCUGUGCAAGUCUCAGAUGAAGAUGAAGUCUGCGGGCAUCGUGGAUGGAGGCUUGUUCACAGAGAGCUAUUGUAACAUCUGCAAUGCCCAGCUCAUCUCCGAGUCCCAGCGCACCGCUCACUAUGAGAGUAAGAAACAUGCCAACAAGGUACGUCUGUUCUACAUGCUUCACCCUGAAGAUGGAGGACCACCUUCCAAGAGACUGCGGCCAGAUAACCCAGACUGUGCAGAGACAGAGGUGGACAGGAACAAGUGCUGUACCUUGUGUAACAUGUUCUUCACCUCCGCCAUUGUGGCCCAGUCGCACUACCAAGGCAAAACUCACGCCAAGAGAGUCCGCCUGGUGCUGGGGGAGCCGCCCAGCCUACCCACAGCUAUGACCAGCCCUACAAACACAGAUUCCUCCCCUUCCACCCCGCUGCCGACAGACCCCGCCGCUUGCCCCCCUCCUCCCCCCGACCUGGCUUGGCCCUUGGCGGUGGUCGGCGGGAACGGCGGAAGAGAGGCCGGCAAGUACUGCUGCCUCUGCGGAGCCUGGUUCAACAACCCGCUGAUGGCGCAGCAGCACUACGAGGGCAAGAAACACCGCAGGAACGCAGCCAGAGCACGCCUCCUGGAGCAGCUUGCGGGCAGUCUGGAUGCCACGGAGAGCACAGGGCUGCGCAGUAGUUACUCCUGCAGUGUCUGCAGUGUGGUCCUCAACUCCAUCGAGCAGUACCAUGCACACCUCCAGGGCUCCAAGCACCAGAACAACCUGAAGCAACACCAGCAGUAAGCCACGGAGACAGGCCACUCUGGAAAGAAGCCGAGAUGAAGACAGAGAUUACUGGAAUAAACAACUUCAGAAUAACAAGGACUCGCGUCAGAAACCGAAGCGUGUGAGAAAGUCGUGCAGAGUAACUUCAGUGUGUGUGUCUUUGUGUGUGUGUGUGUGUGUGUGUGUGUGUGUGUGUGGGUGGAUGUCAUGGGCGUCUAUGCACGCAUCUGCGGUAUGCAUGCGUGGGUCAUUGUGAGUGUGUUAAUUUCUAUCUUUGAUCUAAAAAUAUAUCUCGGAGAUUUAUUCAGCACCCAAGUGUUUGAUAUGAGUUCUCGACACCAACAGCCGUCAGAAGACUCGCGGCUGCAUAUUGCCAUAUAACUCCUGUGUGAACCACAAUCCGAAAAUUGAACUGAUGUCAGUGCGUUGCCCAGAGUGGUAAUAAUCAUUACAAUGAUAGUCAUAGAGCAGCAGUAAUAAUAACUCUGUAAUAACUAGCCGUCCCCCAAGUGCUCUGACAGGGACCCAAGUCUUGUGUUUCUACAUACAUUUCAUAACAGUGAUGGUGGUGCACACAUGGCUCACUUUCAGACCACUUGAGACCUACUCAGGCCCAGACCUUUAAAUCCACGGACAAGAAAACUCCCAACAACCUCAGCCAUUUUUAGAUUGCAUGAAUUUUCAUAUUUCUGGUUUUAUUUGAGUGUUGUCUAUAAAUGUAGUGGAUUGAUGUCACUUUUUUUUUUAAAUGGUGGAUGUGACGCCAUUUUUUCUUGUAUUCCAUAUAAUCCAGACCUUGAGAUGUGGCAUGGUUACAGUACAGAAGGCAAAGGGGAAAAGCAGCACAAAGACUUUUAAACUCCUGCUGUGAGGUGAGGGUCUGCAACUUUGUGAAUCAUGUACUGUUGAAAACAUUCCCACAGCACUGAAUACUGAUGUCAGAUGCAGUCCGGAGGCAACAAAAAAAUCCUCUUCUCUGUUGAGACGGGCGACAUGUAGAUAAGAUUUUUUUAUUUUUCUGUUGCUACAGACAGAGGAAAAAAAACUUCACCCUGAAUCCAUGUAGCAGUCAAUGUACAAAACAACUGGGAUGUAAUUCAAUGCAUGCAAAAAUGUAAAGCGUUGCGCUCACUUGCCUUUUUGAAAACUAUUGCUUGCGCAUUUUGGCAAUAGCGCUGCUUUCUAGUGAUAGCUUCGUAAUGCAUUACUGCACAUGCUUGCACCUGAGCAAAGAGGUCACCUUUUAGUACUGAACGGGCUUCUUUUCAACAUCUAAUUUAUUCAUCAAGUAAUGAAAACCUUUUGAUACCUAGUGAUUAGUCACCGCUGUAUAACACCCCUCAUCUGUAGUGUCUUCAGAGUGUCUGUAAAGUGAGUUUCAACUAUGGUAUGUAGCAGCAUAAGAUGAGCGGACUGAAGACACGCUCCACUUUGUUGCCCAGGCACUGAGCUGAGAGGCCCUGAACACCCACACAGGUGUCUCCACUUAUUCUGACAGAUUAGACCUCUGCUCAGGUAAAAGAGGGGCAGGCGCUUUGAUUUAUGGGAAUUUAUAAAGUCACAAAUUUCCAUCUACCAAUAAGGAUGAUACAUUUGUCCAAAGUACAACAAAGCUAACAGGAGACUCAGGAAGAUGUCUAUUAUUACAGUCUGUUCACGUCCAAACAGUCCUGAGAAGCCAGAUUCACUGGAAACACCUGUGUUGGUGUUCAGGGCCUUGAAAAAUACUGGGGUGCACCGAUUAUAAAGGUCUGGGCUGCUACUGAUGUUAAAAAUUACAAUUUGGCUGACAGCUGAUGUCCAUAGAGAUGUUUUUUUUGUUUUUGUUGUUAUUUAAUACCUAUUUAUUGCCAGAAUCAAAGACAUCUUCAUUAUUAAAAACAGUAUUACAGGACUGUUUUUGUCUCAGUCUGACCACCAAUAACAUUAAGUCAGCAUAAAAUUGAUGCAACACAUCAAAUCGGCCGCUGCCAUUGGUGAAUGUUAUUAGCCGACAGGCCAAUAUCAGUCAACGAGGCGAAUAUCAGCAUCAGUGCAUCCCUAAGAAACAGCAGUCAAUGCUAAGUUAUCCUCUGCAAUUUCCUGUUGGUUAAAGCUCUUGUUUUUUUUCUCUGUAAACACAUUAAAAAUGUUUUUAUUUUGUGCUUUGUUCAUUUCAUGGUGAGGAGAGAGUGAACUACCAGUGACCUGAUUAGAAAUUGUUUUUCUUCUGCAGACAUAUGGAUGAGUAAUGGUUUUAUGCAAUCACACUGUAAUAUUAACAACCAUACAAUGAGGGUUUGAAGGGAAAUAAUUUAACGAAGAAACAAAAAAAAAAGCAGUUUGUGUAAAUAAGCAGUAGCUGCAGGUGAAGUUUGUGUUUUAAGUAGUAGAGGAAUUUUGUAUUUAUAGUGUUUAUCUGCACUGAGCUACAGGGCGUUAGGGGAAAUGUGUUUCGUAUGGAUAUUAUUGGAAAAACGCACAUAUGCUAGUACUGAAAUGAGAAUAAACUGUCCUCUGGUGGGU